AUGACAACCAAGGUGUGUUCCGUCUUUGGCAUUUUGUUCAGCUUUUCCUUGUUGCAAGUCAGGGAUUCAGGUGAUGCGUUUCAGGACGGGUUCGCCAUUAUUGAUCCCACCCCCGAGCACCCCCCUCCCCCCUCUUCCAUCCGCGUCCGCCCAACCCUCCUCUCCCUCACCACCAACAACCUCACCUACGCCCUCCUCGGCGACUACUCAAACUGGUGGUGCACCUACCCCCUCCCUGCCACCACCCCCACACCCUACAACGACCCCACCUCCUGGGGCAUCGUUCCCUCCUGGGGUCUCGCGACCAUCACCUCAAGCACCAUCCCUUCCCUGCACCCCGGAACAACCCUCUGGGGCUACUGGCCUCUAUCCUCCCACGAAGUCGACCUACAACUCAUCCCGGGAACUCCCAAAGACCAUUUCAUCGAGAUCUCCCCUCAUCGCCAAUCCCUCAUGUCCAUCUAUAACAGAUACGUUGUUCUCGAUAUCAAGGAUAUGGAUUUGGAACGUCAGGGCUGGGAAUCAGCCAUGCGUUUGCUCUGGACAUGUGGGUAUCUUCUUACCGAGUAUGUGUUUAGUUAUGAUUUGGAGAAGAAGCCUAUCAUGGCGCCGUUCCCCGGUACACCGGGGUUGGAGUGGGGGACGUCAGAGGCGGAUGUUUCGCGUGCGGUGGUGAUUUCCCUCGCCGCGAGUGGGAAGACGGCGAGGUCGGUGGCGUAUAAUUUGUGUUUGAGGCCUGAGGGGAAGGGACCGGCGGGGUUGUUGCAGGUUACGUCUGAGCCUGGGGUGAUUGGAGAGGCGGCGAGGGGGAUGAAGCCGUCUUUUCAGACGCUGGCGGUGGGGUAUGAUGGUGUUGAAGGGGCGGAGGAGUGGUUGGUGGAGAGGAAGCCGGAGAAACUGGUAGUGGUGGAUUUCGGGGGCAGGGAUGGGGUGCAUCAGAAGUUGUUUGGGAUGAUUAUGAAGAAUGAGCUGUUGAGGGGGUGUAAGCUUGUGGUUAUUGGGGUUGGACUUCAGCAGAAGGUAUACUCGAUGGAGGAGGUUAUUGCGGGGCAGAAAGCCAUGGGUGAGUUGGGGAUGAUCAACUUCAACACGUCGCCUGUUCUUGAUGCUGUGUUGGAGGUUCGGGAUUCAGAGAAGGUCUUUGAGGUGUUGAGUGAGCGUUGGAAUCAUUGGCUAGAGAAUCGCCAGUUGGUGGCCCCGGAUCUGCAUCUUGUUUGGGGAAAGGGAGUUGUUGGUCCGGAGGGUAUUGAAGGGGGCUGGGAUCUGCUCUGUCAGAGUAAGGUCAAGCCGGAUGAGGCUUUGGUUUAUCGGUUUUAGGUUUCCUUGAAGAUCAUGUUGCCGAACGCAUAUUAUUGACACAUUUGCUACCGUUAUAUAU